AUGGCCUCAUUGAUCUUGAGUGCAAUAUGGAUCCGAAAGGGUGUAGCGGCUCAGUUCCCUCAAAGAUACAAUCUGAAUGAGCAAGAAAUGGAGCAAGUGAAUCAAAUGGCGGGAGAUAGACUAGAACAAGUGAGUCAGGAACUUUCACAGGCUCAAUUUGAGGAGGAGAAAGUUGAUGUUGAUGAAAUCAUUGGAGGUGAAUCCAAUGACAAAGAUAACAAGAAAGAGGAGGGUGAAGAUGCAGAUAAAGAUUGGACAGAUCAAUAG